GGCGUCCGAGGGUCUGGCCGGGAGUCGGGCCGAGCCUCCGCGGCCGCCCCGCGCGGCAUGAGGCCUUGCUGGCGCCCCUGCCCCCCGGGACGCGGACGAGGUGGAGGAGGAAGCCCCGUCGUCGCCGCCUGACCCGCCGCCCCUGAGGCCGCGGGCGCUGACCCUCGACUCCCCCGCCGGGCGGUGCGGCCCCUGCGGCCCGGGGCCCGGGCGCGUCCCCCAGAGCCAUGCCCGGCCGCCCCGCCCGCCGCGGAGCGCCCUAGAGCAGCGGCGCGGGGGCCAUGGCGGCCGCCAGCGGCUACACCGACCUGCGUGAGAAGCUCAAGUCCAUGACGUCCCGGGACAACUACAAGGCCGGCAGCCGAGAGGCCGCGGCCGCCGCCGCCGCCGCCGUGGCCGCCGCCGCCGCCGCCGCCGCCGCGGCCGAGCCCUACGCGGCGCCCGGGGCCAAGCGCAAGUACCAGGAGGACUCGGACCCCGAGCGCAGCGACUUCGAGGAGCAGCAGCUGCAGAAGGAGGAGGAGGCGCGCAAGGUGAAGAGCGGCAUCCGCCAGAUGCGCCUGUUCAGCCAGGACGAGUGCGCCAAGAUCGAGGCCCGCAUCGACGAGGUGGUGUCCCGCGCCGAGAAGGGCCUGUACAACGAGCACACGGUGGACCGGGCCCCGCUGCGCAACAAGUACUUCUUCGGCGAGGGCUACACGUACGGCGCCCAGCUGCAGAAGCGCGGGCCCGGCCAGGAGCGCCUCUACCCGCCGGGCGACGUGGACGAGAUCCCCGAGUGGGUGCACCAGCUGGUGAUCCAGAAGCUGGUGGAGCACCGCGUCAUCCCCGAGGGCUUCGUCAACAGCGCCGUCAUCAACGACUACCAGCCCGGCGGCUGCAUCGUGUCUCACGUGGACCCCAUCCACAUCUUCGAGCGCCCCAUCGUGUCCGUGUCCUUCUUCAGCGACUCCGCGCUCUGCUUCGGCUGCAAGUUCCAGUUCAAGCCUAUCCGGGUGUCGGAACCCGUGCUUUCCCUGCCCGUGCGCAGGGGGAGCGUGACUGUGCUCAGUGGAUAUGCUGCUGAUGAAAUCACUCACUGCAUACGGCCUCAGGACAUCAAGGAGCGCAGAGCUGUCAUCAUCCUCAGGAAGACAAGGUUAGAUGCGCCUCGGUUGGAAACCAAGUCCCUGAGCAGCUCCGUGGUAGCCCCCAGCUACGCGUCGGAUCGUCUGUCGGGAAACAGCAGGGACCCCGCGCUGAAACCCAAGCGGUCCCACCGCAAGGCAGACCCUGAUGCUGCCCACAGGCCCCGGAUCCUGGAGAUGGACAAGGAGGAGAACCGGCGCUCGGGGCUGCUGCCUGCGCACCGGCGAGGGGGCAGCCUCAGCUCCCAGGACCACUGGCGCAAGUCCUACGAGCCCGGGGAGGACUGCUCGGAGGCGGCGGGCAGCCCUGCCCGCAAGGUGAAAAUGCGGCGGCACUGAGGCCUGGCCUCCCGGGACUCGGCUCCAUCCACUAGCUGCCCCUCCUUUCGUUUCAUUUUGAGAUUUUUUUCGUUUUUUGUUUUUUCUUCUUUUUUUCUUCCUUUCUUUCUUUUUUUUUUUUUUUUAAUGCUUCUUGUAUAUUUUUCCCUUUGUUUGUUGCCUGUUCAGGCUGAAGAACAGAAUUGGCCAGGGCCUGGUUCUCCGGUUUGUGGUUCCUCCUGGGUGGAAAGGCUCUUGGCCUCUGUAGGGACAGAAGCUCGUGCUGGAGUGGCCAGUAGAGGCGUGCGGGGCAGCCAUUCUCAAUUGGGGCUGUGUCAGGCUGAAUUUAUUUAAAAGCAGCAAAAUGUUUUGGUUAAGGAAAUUCUUACUUUGCUUUAAAUGUAAAUCUUCUCCGUGUUGUAAAUGAAGUUGAGUCUCCUCCCUCGUCCUCUGUGGGUUGAGGUCUUGCUGGCUCUGCAGGGGCCCUCCCACCACUCACCUGCUCUCCAGGCCCCAGCAGCUCACGCAGACACCCCUGCUCCGGCACAAGUUGUUAGUGGUGACGAGGCAGAGGCCCAAACAGUGCCGGCCCUGCUGCCCCAGAGCUGCUGUUGGCCGAGACCCCGGGCUUCCGGCGCCUGCUCUGGCCUGCUCUGGGGCUGGCUGCAGUGGUCCUGACCUCUUGCCAGGAGCCGCCUCUGGGUUGCUCCUUUCAAACACACGUGUGCGAUUGUGCGGAGCAGUUAGGCUUGCCGUGUUGGGGCAGUUUUAGCAGUUGUUUCUAGCUGGAGGGACUGGUGUCCUUCCAAGUAUGGAGGUUUUGGGGUAUGGAAAAUUGUUGUGGUGUGUGGUAGGGGUUUUGUUUCUUUUGUUCUGAGCUUUCAUUUUUUUCCUUAGGCCUCCUGGCUUUCCCCUGCCCUUUCCUUUCUCUUCCGUCGGCCAGCUGGGGCCUUCUCCCUGUCGUCCCCCCUGGAGACGCCACCCCUCUGUCCGCCUGCAGCCUGUGGACUGGGUUGGUGCCGCCUCUGGCUCAGGGGCGUGGGAACUGGGGAAGGGGCUUUAAGAAACAUAAAUGAAAGGAAACAAGUGAAGUCAUUUGCAGUUUCCACCCGCUCACAUCUUCGAAGGCCGCAAGGUUUUGCUGGUCUGGGUUCAUUAGGAAUGUCCUUGCCAGCCAGGGCCAAGCCCCGGGCCCACUGAGACCAGAGGCCCUCCCAGUCCCCCGGCUGCCGUCAUGCAGGGGCCUCGUCUUAGAGAGGGGGCUGCAGAAGAAAGCUGGGGCAGCCACCUCCAAGAAGGCCUCUCGGGGGCCGGAGCUCCUUUGCCAGCGUGGAUUCCUCAAGUCAGGACUGCGUAACUAAAGCAGUUGCAGUUUUAUUUUUUUUACAGCUUUUUUCCCAAAAAUGAUUUGUAGUUGUGUGUGCAGCACUUUGCCCUGAUAUGUGUGCUCUACAAUAAAAACCAAAUCUAAUAUAUUUUGAAA